AUGACCAUUGUUUUCUUAUUUCGGCCGAACUCGAAAGUUUUCGGAAUACUAGAUUAUUCUCAACCGAAACCGCGUAGAAAUUGGGUAGUAUAUCGAAAUCUUUUCCCUCCUACACUUCAGGCUUUCGGUCCAGUUGGUUCAGGUCAGAACGUCAACUUCAACGACCCUCGUUUUCGUUUAAGCGGUGGAUCUGGAGGCACUCGAGGUCCUGCUGGAUCAGCGGCACUGGAGCACAAAGAGCAACUUCCAACCGGCGCUUUUCCACCCGGUGUCACGUCUACCUACUUAGCUGGCAGGUACUGUGUGGCUAAAUUCGACUUUUCGGCUGAGUUCGAAGGUGAAAUGUCAUUCAAACGGGGCGAUCGUAUUCGUGUGCUCGGCGAAGAAGAUGACAAUUGGUGGUAUGCCGAAUUGGUACCCCCGAUCCUAGACGGCUCGCCCGCCAUCCGUGGACUCAUUCCAGCAAAUUACGUUGAGCUCCUACCGCAGGUUUCAACCGGUGGUGCGCAUUCCUCUGCGUCUCGUUUGACUCCGUCAUUUCAUCCGGCCCGCACAUCCUGAAAAGUCAUCCAGCCAUUUGGUCACCUCAUAAUUUGACGAGCAGGCAUCACACAGAGCCGUAUCGCGAUUCUCAGCCACCUGUAUGUACUUGCUAAUUCAGCCUGGAUUUACCGCCCGGAUUCGACGGCUUACGUUACCCUAAACACACCGAACGUUUCAUUUCAAUGGUAGCCCCACUAAGGCUGUGGUAUUAUCCCUUCGGUGUUAUUUUCACUGCACUCCAGUUGCCUUCUGUACAACUUUUCUGCUCCCUUCUCUCAUUUCUGACCCACUCUAUUGUACAGAUGGCCCGUGUGUGUGCCAACUUCUUUCUGCCCAUAUUUCAUCUGAAGACCACAAGCCUUCCUUACUUCUCCUCACGGCCAUAAUUGGGGACCGUCAAAUGUUGCGCGCGCAGUGAGCGACUAAUGGUAGUGCGUGACCUGCACGUCUGGCAUCGAUACACUAACUGUUGCCUCCCGGCUGACAGCGCUGAACUCAGAGAGUGCAUGUCCGACACAUGGUAUGGAUCAGAAACCUGGCCACAUCGCGCUAAAGAUUGAAACAUGAGAUUCCUUUUAAAACUCCAGACAGGAAUAUCAGAAUGUGAAGAUUGUGUGGGAUGACUCUGUAUUCAAAACAAGGUUACCUG